GAUAAUCAUGUAACCUAACAUAACCUCAAAAUAGUUUAAAUUUUUUGUUGUUUUAAACAUUAUUUAUUAAUUAUUAUUAUUAACAAAUUUAAUUCCUAUGUAACAAUGUCGAUACAAAUUAGUUUUCGUAAAGGCCUUCCAUACAAAACAGCUCUGAGAUGUUUGUCUUCUACAGCCAACAUAAAACCUGUAGAUUUAGCAUCUACAACCUACGAAAAUUCGAAUUUAGGAGCUACAAAAGCCCCAUUUGUGAUCGCCCAUGGGUUGUUCGGCUCGAAAUCCAACUGGGCAAGUUUGUGUAAACAUUACAGCCAAAAAAUAGGCAAAGUGAUAGCUUUAGAUUUAAGAAAUCAUGGCGAAAGUGUUCAUGCGAAUGAGCACACGUAUUAUCACUUGGUCGAAGACGUGAGGCAUUUCCUUUUGAAAAAUGGUAUUGAUAAAAUUAGGCUUAUGGGGCAUUCUAUGGGGGGACGCUGUGCCAUGUUAUUUGCUUUAACUUAUCCGGAAAUGUUGGAAAAACUUAUUAUUGUAGACAUAUCGCCUAGCACUGCUAGUCCUCAAUUGAUAGAACUUCCUAAAAUGAUUAAUGCUAUGCAAAGUGUAAUAAUGCCUGAAAAUGUAUCGCUGACCAAGGCAAGAGCCAUAGUUGAUCAACAACUAGCUAAAACUUUUAGCAGCAAAGACGUCAGAUCCUUUAUUCUGACGAAUCUAAUAGCGAAAAAAAACAGUUACAAAUGGAGACUCAACGUACCAGUUCUGGAACAAUCUUUCAAUAACAUAGCCACUUUUCCAGAACUAAAUAGUGCCACUUAUAAUGGAGCCACUCUAUUUAUCGGAGGUGGAAUAUCAGAUUUUUUACCGAAAAGUGACUUUCCGAAAAUCCAAAAACUUUUCCCCAAAGCCGAACUCAAGUACAUUGAAGGCGCAGGUCAUUGGGUGCACGCCGAAAAGCCGAACGAGUUUCUCAAAUUGACUUUGGACUUUUUGAAUAAACCUUAAACACCUU